AUGGUUCAACUGUUGACUGCCCUUCUGAGCGUAGCGGGGGUCGCCCAUAGCGUCUUUGCUGCUGACCUUGUACCCCGGACAUGGCAAGGCAAGCAGUAUGGCUGCAAGUGCUACUUCGGCGACGAAUGCUGGCCAAAGUCUAAUGACUGGGAGAAGCUGAACACAACUGUUGAAGGCAACCUUCAUGUUCACAUCCCUCCGGAAGCUGUUUGCCACAACACCUUCAACGGUACCCUCGGCACAAUCCCAACAUACGAUGCGGCGAAGUGCGCUGAACUCAGCGCUAUCUACACGGAUGAGCAAUGGUCAACUGAUCAAUUGGGUCUUAAUCUGUGGAAGUAUUUCACCAACUCCACAUGUCAGCCUACCGAGAACCCUGGAGAGUCUUGCACCCUGGGCAACUAUGGCGUCUAUGUAAUUCAGGCGACCACGAAGCAACAUAUCAAGGCUGGUAUUGACUACGCGAGAGACAACAACCUGCGCCUGAUCAUCCGCAACACCGGCCACGACUUCAUCGGACGCAGCACGGGUUGGGGUGCUCUCAUAAUCAACACUCACAGCUUCCAGGAUAUCACGUUUGCGCAGCAAUGGACUGGCCCUGGUGAUUACUCCGGCGGCGCCGUCACCCUUGGUGCUGGAGUCCAGGGUCGCGCCCUGCUGAGGGCAGCAAACGCCCAAAACCCUCCCGUCGUUGUGGUCACUGGUGAAUGUCCCACCGUGGGCGUUGCUGGAGGUCUCGUCGCUGGCGGAGGUCAUGGCCCACUGACCACGCUGCACGGCAUGACCGCCGACAAUGCACUCGAGUUCGAGGCCAUCACCGCUGAGGGCGAGUACGUCAAGGCGAACGCGGACGAGAAUCCAGAUCUAUUUUUCGGUCUUAAGGGCGGCGGACCGUCUUCGUACGCCAUCGUGACAUCAGUGACUUUCCGGACGUAUCCCGAAGAGAAGGCAGCCGGCGGUGUCUUGUACAUCAAUGGAACCAGCGGAGCCAACGAGACGACGUUCUGGGAGGGAGUACGUGUAUUCCACAAGUGGUCUAAUCAUUUCGUCGACAGCGGGUUGUACGUUUACUUUGAGCUCGGUUCGAUGAUGCUCACCGUGCAACCGUUUGUGGCGAUUGGCAAGACGCAGGGGGAACUCGACGCGAUUAUCAAGCCAAUGCUUGAUGAACUUAAGGCCAACAGUAUUCCCUUUGAGUCGUCCACCAAAGGCUUCGGCACGUUCUUCGCCCUCUACACCGACCUUUUCCAAGACGAGCAGGCUGGUACCCAGGCCUUGACCGGCGGGUGGAUGUUUAGCCACACUGAUGUGGAGAAGCGGAACGACCAGAUCGUUGAUGCUUUCAAGACCGUUGCCACCCCCCGAGAAGGACUGGCUGGUUUCAUGGUGGGGCAUCUAUGGAAUGCUGGCCAUGGAUGGCCGGUGGCAAACAGUGCGACUCACCCAGCCUUCAGAAACGCGACCGACUUCAUCAUCAGUGUCAUACCGGUUCCUUAUGGCGCCAGCUUGGAAGAGAAAGCGGACCUGCAGAACGUUUUGACCAAUAUUCAGGAUGAGGCUUUGAGACAGGCUGGCCCUGAUGGGUGCACCUACGUCAACGAGGCGGAUCCAUUCCAAUCCAACUGGCAAGAUGCUUUCUGGGGCCCGGUCUACCCGACGCUGCUUGAGUUGCGGAAGAAGUGGGACCCUAACGGCAUCUUCUACGCCGUUGCGACUCCUGGUACGGAAGACUGGGAAGAGAUCGAGUAUAACACGAGACUGUGCAAGAGACUUUAG